CCGCGGGCGGCGCGGGCACCAUGGGCUGCUGCUCCGGUCGUUGCACGCUCCUUGCGCUCUGCGCUCUGCAGCUGGCAGAGCGACAUUCUGACCAAUCCUGGAGGGAUUUCUGGCAUUUUUCAGUGAGAAGAGCGUCCUGGUUGAGGUGCUAAUUCCUUAGACAUGUUGGAGCUCCAAAGUGGACAGAUAGGAUCCUAUAAAAAUAAGGUCACAGCCCUGGAGCGGCAAGUGUUUGACUUCCUGGGCUACCAGUGGGCACCCAUCCUGGCCAACUUCAUCCACAUCGUCAUGGUCAUCCUGGGGCUCUUUGGCACCAUGCAGUAUCGGCCGCGCUACAUCGUGGUGUACACUGUGUGGACAGCAGUCUGGAUCACCUGGAAUGUCUUCAUUAUCUGCUUCUACCUGGAGGUGGGGGGCCUCUCAAAGGACAGUGAACUCUUGACCUUCAGCCUCUCCCAGCAUCGCUCCUGGUGGCAUGAGCAUGGACUGGGCUGUCUGCAUGAGGAGGCAUCUAUGGCUGCUGGCCUGGGGGCCUUGCACAGCCAGGCCCUAAUGGUGGACACUGGCUGUGCCCUGGACCACAGUUACGUGGAGGGCCUGCACAGUGGCCUGCAGAUCUUGCUGGCGCUCUUGGGUUUCAUCUACGGCUGUUACGUGGUCAGCGUGUUUACAGAAGAAGAAGACAGCUUUGAUUUCAUUGGUGGAUUUGAUCCAUUUCCUCUGUACCAUGUCAAUGAAAAGCAGUCCAGCCUCUUGUCCAAGCAGGCAUAUUUGCCUGCGUAAGUGAGGAAACAGCUGACCCUGCCGCAGCCUCAGCCACAGGGACAAUGAGGAUAGGCCCUGGGCCUGGGGCCACUGUGCCUGUCCAGCAUCUGUCCAAGCUCACCUUGGACACUAGAUGGGGAUGGGAGUAGUGGUAGAAUGCAGACCAGCCUGGCUGCAACUUCAAGUUGUAAUCUCCUGUUUCUAAAAAUAAAUAAAUAAAAA